CGAAACAGUAAGAUUGUGCAAAGCUUACAUCCUUAUCUAGUACGUAUUAUUGGCAUUUAUUUUAACGCGAUCUCAUGGCGAUAAGUGUUUCAAUGAACGUUUAUUUCACAUAAAUAUUUUGUUUAGUUUUUAACUGUUAUGUUGAUAGCAAAACAUCUAUUAAACCAGUCAACAACAUAAGCGACACCGAAAAUGGCAGACUGUGAUGCGACAGGUCCCGUUUCUACGGUAAAUAGUGGUAUAAUGGAAGAAAAGAGACAGGUUGUGGGAGACAGAUUAAAGAGAAGAGAUGAAGAACGCCUAGCUGAAUUGGAGAAAAAGAAAGAAGAGAGAUCUGAAAACCUAACUGCACAAGAAAGUGCGAAAUUCUUUCUUGAGACAUUCUCAAAAAAUAAGAAUGAUCUGGAACAGGAGCUGUCAGGUUGUGACUCACUCGAGAAAGACAAACUGGUGGAUAGAUUUGAUAACCUGUCAGUAAUGCACCAAAAACUGCAGAGGUUUCUAACAGAAUCCACCAUGUUUUUGUCUUCAUAUGAUGUCCGUCAGACUCAGGAUGCACUCAGUAAACUUCAAGCGCUGAUACAAGAAAAACGUGAUGCAUUACUACCUAAAAAGAAGUUUGCUUUCAAAUCCAAGAAAAAAGGAACACAACAACAAAAAACUGAGGAAUCAAAGAAUUCUGAUAUACCUUCAGUUGAUAUGGUAGAAUUAGCAGACUGCAAAUUUACAGACAAGGAAAACGAGACAUUAAUAAUGGAUAGCUCAAUAAAUAUGAAGGAUGUUGCUUUGGCAAAUCUCAAAUCAUGUACUGUUAAGUUAUUUGGAGCGCCUUCUGCAAUUCAUGUUAAUAAGCUGGUCAACUGCACUAUUUUGUCAGGUCCAGUGUCCGGAUCAAUAUUUAUUCGAGAGUGCACAAACUGUGUCUUCGCUGUUCCUUGCCAGCAGUUAAGAAUACACUCCACCACUGAAACUAAGUUCUUCAUUCAUGUUACCAGCAGAGCUAUUAUUGAAGACUGUUCAAAAGUGAGCUUUGGGCCUUACAACUGGACUUAUCCUAACAUUAUUGAUCAUUACAAGGUCUCUGGUUUGGACAAGAAUAGGAACACUUGGGAUGACAUUGAUGACUUUAACUGGUUGGCUGCUGACCAACGCUCUCCAAACUGGUCGCUCAUACCAGAAGAUGAAAGGAAUAUACAAUGGGAAUAACUAUGAUAAAUUUUAUCAGAAAUGGUCACAUCUAUAAUAUGAUACCUGUAAACUGUUAUUAUUGUGGAAUGAACAAAGAUAAUCACUGGAUUUUGUCUUUUUCAUACAUUUUAUCUUAAAAAUAAAAUAAAGUGUUCAAGAA